UAAAGUUAAAGCUGAAAAAAAUAAAGGAAAAGGAAAAACUGUGGAAUUAGAAAAUCUGAGUGGCGGUGCCGGUGAAGAGAGCGUAGAAGGUAGCGAGUGAAGCAUCUUCAGCUCCAAUGGCGGAUACCUCGAGUCGAUCCAGAGACCUCGACAAGCUCCUUCUCCGCCCUGGCAAUCUUGUCGGUCCCAGGUUCGAACCUGGCGCCGAGUUGCGAGAUGACCUUCAGGCCUUCGCCAAAGUGUUGGUGGUAGGGGCAGGUGGUUUGGGUUGCGAAUUGUUGAAGGAUUUAGCCCUCACUGGUUUCCGAAACCUUGAGGUCAUUGAUAUGGAUCGCAUAGAGGUUACUAAUCUCAACCGCCAAUUCUUGUUCAGACUUGAAGAUGUUGGCAAACCCAAAGCUGAGGUAGCUGCCAAGCGAGUCAUGGAGAGAAUCAGUGGCGUGCAGAUUGUGCCGCAUUUUUGCAGGAUUGAGGACAAGGAAAUUGAAUUUUACAACGAUUUUAGCAUUAUUGCCCUUGGUCUUGAUUCUGUUGAGGCACGCAGCUAUAUCAAUACUGUUGCCUGUAGUUUUCUAGAGUACGAAUCUGAUGAUAGUCCACGAGAAGAGACUAUCAAACCUAUGGUGGAUGGUGGGACUGAAGGUUUCAAGGGCCAUGCCAGGGUUAUCUUGCCAGGGAUCACACCAUGCUUCGAGUGUACAAUCUGGCUUUUUCCACCUCAAGUAAAGUUUCCUUUGUGCACCCUGGCUGAAACCCCUAGGACAGCUGCCCACUGUAUUGAAUAUGCUCACUUGAUUAAGUGGAAUGAGGUUCAUGGUGGAGUGGCUUUUGAUCCAGAUAACCCUGAGCAUAUGAAAUGGGUUUAUGACGAGGCUAUCAAGAGGGCUGAGCUUUUUGGCAUUCCUGGAGUUACUUAUUCUCUUACACAGGGUGUUGUGAAGAACAUCAUUCCAGCUAUUGCUUCAACAAAUGCUAUUAUAUCAGCUGCAUGUGCACUAGAAACAUUAAAGAUUGCAACAGAGUGCAGCAAAACUUUGUCGAAUUAUUUAACGUAUAAUGGAUCAGCAGGCCUCCAUACCGAAGUGGCAGAAUUUGAAAGGGACAAGGACUGUCUUGUGUGUGGUCCUGGUAUACGUAUUGAACUGGACACUUCAAUCACAUUGCAAAAGUUCAUGGAUCUUUUGGAAGAACAUCCUAAGUUGAGGUUAUCAAAAACUAGUAUCACACAUCGAGGAAAGAAUCUGUACAUGCAAGCUCCCCCUGUAUUGGAAGAAAUGACUCGAUCAAACCUGAGUCUAUCUCUUUUUAACCUCAUGGGUAAACUGCCCAAGGAUGUUGUACAUGUGAAUGGUAUGACAAUCAAGAACGACCAAAAGUUCUCUUGUUUGAGAAAAUUACGUGUUGUUUUCAAGGGAGUCGAUGGGGUUACAGAUAUGGAUACAGCUGGAGGAGCAUAACCUACGCCAUCGUAUAAUGUGUUGGUGCUUGGAGUUUUUAGGCUCUAUUAGGAUAAUUAUUGUUAGAUAUCUCAGAUUGUUUCCAAUAUUGGACAGGUACGGUUUUACAGUUUCUACCCUGUCAGUUUUUCAUAUACAAGCCAGUCAAUAACACUUUGAUGCAGGGGAUUGAUUGCCCCACAGGGUGACGAAUUUUGCAAUUCCAUUUUAUCUUAUGCACAGUUAGACUAUA